AUGGGGAUCGGCACGGGCGCUAUCCCGGGACGUGUCGCCGUCGCCGCAGCAGUCUUGCUCCUCGUGGGAUCGGUGGUGAUCGCUGCUGCAGCGGGCGGCGUCGGCGUGGGCAGGCCCUGCUUCGACGCGUGCUUCGACCAGUGCGUGCCGCGCGAGGAGUUCUGGUUCUGCCAGUUCUCUUGCUACCACAGGUGCUCCGGCGGCCGUUCGGCGGCGGCGGUGAAGGCUCGCGACGGCGACGGGGGCGAUUGCGAGCACUCGUGCGUGCUCUCCAUGUGCGGCCAGCUCCACCCGGACAGCAAGAUGAUGGCCGUGUGCCUGGACACGUGCCACAAGAGCUAUGCGACCAAGGGAUGCAGGCGGCCGGGCAGUGCCAGUAUAAGUUCGGACAUGUGA